AUGAAAGUUUAUUUUUUAUUUUUUCUCUCUUUAUUUUUUUGUAAUACUUUUAAUGCUUCCUUAUUGGAAUCCAUAAAGCAUGACCUUCAAAUAAUAAAUAAUGAAAAUUUUAAUACAGUUGUAAAUAAAUUUAGAAAUGAAAAGGUUUUUGUUAUUUUAUUUUUUAAAAAUGCAAAUAAAAAUAUAAAAAAUGUUAUUAAAGAGUACAAUGAUGUUGCAACAAAAUAUAAAGGGAUCAUAACAUUUUGCAUAGCUGAUUGUGAUAUAAAUUCCUCAAUGUGUGAAAAUGAAUUAUCACUUUAUGUACCUGAUUAUAAAAACAGCAAUACACAUCAUUUUUUGGUAUAUCCAAUCAAUCCAAUGCCUAAAUUUCUAUUUAAUGAAGAAGUAACUGAAAGUAAUAUAAAAAAAUAUACUUACUUAAUUCCAUCUAAAAUAGAGAUAAUUAAAGAUGAAAAAGACUUUAACGUUUUUAUUUCUAAGCAUGAAAAUAUUCCUAAAGUUUUAAUUUUUAGUAAUAAAAAAAAACCAAAUUAUAUUUUGAAUGCUUUGAGUAAUAGUUUUAAUAAAAAGUUAAUGUUUUGUUAUAUAAACAGCGAAAUGCAAGAAUUAGUUAAUAAAUAUAACAUUAAAAAUUUUCCAAGUAUAAUAAUAUUAAAAAAAAAUAAGGUAAUUGAUACAUAUAAAGGAAAACACAAUUAUAUUAAUAUGUUUGAUUGGUUAAAUGUUCAUUCAGAAACUUUUGUUCUUGGUGGAGGUUUUGAUAUCUCUCCAGAUAAGGCAAAUGAAAAACCUUGGAAAUUUGAACUCAUACCCCAAUUUACAAAAUUAUCUCAUGGAGAUAUUUGUUUUAAAAAAGCAGACAAAGGGUUGUGUUUAAUUUACCUAAAAGAAGGAGAUAAAUUAGAAAAAAGUGAAAUUGAUAUGCUUCUUUCAUUAAAAGAAAAAUUUAAACCACAUAUAGAUGGAAGAGGAAUUAACUUUAGAUUUAUGUGGAUUGAUAUAGCCUUGGAAACAAAUUUUCGCUCAUUAUUUGAUUUUAAUAAAUAUCCAUCUGUUGUUGUUUUUAAUCCUUACAAAAGAAUUCGAUAUGCAAAAUUAAACGAUGAUUUAAUUGCUACUCAAGAAAAUAUUGAAAAAUUAUUAGAAAAAAUAUCAGGUGGGGACGCAAAAUUUACCAUGUUAAAGGGACAAGUAUUACCAGAAUUUGUUCAAGGAAAUGACAAUACUAAAUCAAAUGAAAAGGAUGAAUUAUAA